UUGGCAAUUCAACUAUGAAUAAUAGGUAGUCCCUACCCUCAAAAACCAUAGAAAGUACAUAAAAUUUAAUAAUGGCUGUCAUUUUAAAGUCCCUUGUAUGUGUCAAGACUCUGGUAAGCUUUUUAUGUUCUGUCUUCACUUGUGUAAGUCAGAUGCUAUCUGCAUUUUAUAGAUGAAGAAAAUAGAGCUCCAAGAAUUUAGCUAACAUUAUGAAGGCCACAAAGCUGUUGGGAGCUGAAAGUGCUGACAGCAUUGGUGCUGUGUUAAACAGUAAAGAUGAGCAGAGAGAAAUUGCUGAAACGUACAGGGCUUCCUAUGAUACUUCUGCUCCACAUGCAAAACUGAAGUAUCAGGUUGAAGAAGAGACAGACGAAGACAAAGUGGGAGAAUAUAAGGAUGAACUAGAAAUGCAACAAGAAGAAUUUGAAGAAGAGAUUUACAAAGAUUUUAGAACUUUUCUAAAGGGAACACAGAUUUUAAAUGCCCAUAAUAAUUACUGCCAACAUUUUGUAGACCCUGGACAUAGAUAUCAGAAUUUUAUCAGAGAUGUAGGUCUGGCUGACAGAUUUGAAGAAUACCCUAAACUGAGGGAGCUCAUCAGGCUGAAAGACAAAUUAAUAGCUAAAUCUAACACUCCUCCUAUGAACUUACAAGCAGAUAUAGAAGCCUUUGACAUCAGAGAGCUGACACCCAAAUUUGAUGUGAUUCUUCUGGAGCCACCUUUAGAAGAAUAUUACAGAGAGACUGGUAAUGCUAAUGAGAAAUGCUGGACUUGGGAUUGUAUUAUGAAGCUAGAAAUUGAUGAGAUUGCAGCACCUCGAUUAUUUAUUUUUCUCUGUUCUGGGGAGGGACUGGACCUUGGAAGAGUGGUUUUACCAAAGUGGGGUUACAGAAGAUGUGAAGAUACUUGUUGGAUUAAAACCAAUAAAAACAAGACUAAGGGGAAGACUAAGACUUCAGAUGCAAAGGCUGUCUUCCAGAGAACAAAGGAACACUGCCUUAUGGGGAUCAAAGGAACUGUUAAGCGUAGCACAGAUGGGGACUUCAUUCAUGCUAAUGUUGACAUUGACUUGAUUAUCACAGAAGAACCCGAAAUUGGCAAUAUAGAAAAACCUGUAGAAAUUUUUCAUAUAAUUGAACAUUUUUGUCUUGGUAGAAGACGCCUUCAUCUGUUUGGAAGAGACAGUACAAUUCGACCAGGUAGUUUCAAAAACAUUUUAGCUGGCUUACAGUUGCAGAGGGGUCUAACAAAUAGCAACUACAAUGCGGAAACAUAGGCAUCGUACUUCAGUCCCCCUAAUUCCUACUUGGCUGGAUGUACAGAAGAAAUUGACAGAAUUCGACCAAAAUCACCUCGCCCCAAAUCUAAGUCUGACCGGGGAGGUGGUGCUCCCAGGGGUGGAAGAAGAGGUGGAACUUCUACUAGUCGUGGACGGGAAAGAAAUCGAUCUAACUUCCGAGGAGAAAGAGGUAGAUUCAGGGGGGGCCGAGGAGGAACACACAGAGGUGGCUUUCCACCUCGAUAAUUUUUUAAUUCACUGGCCCUGUUAAUGCCCCGUCAUCUUUAUUGUAGUUUGAAUUUCAGUUAGGAGACUUAGUUUACAACUCAGUUUCAGCUUGCACUUAGAUUUAAUUUCUCUAAGCUGCAGAAUUAUCUUAGCCAACCUGCCUUGUUGUUAUGCACACUAUCUAGUUUUGUUCCAGGAUAAACAAAUCAUCCUGCCUUUUGUCUGUCAUGUGCAUGUAACCAAACAGAAUGGAACAGUACAAAUAACUUCACUUUCAGAGACUGACUUUAUUCUGAUUGAUUCCAGCUAAUCAGAAAGGCUCUUAGAUUUUAGAAAAAAAAUAGUAUUCCAGUGCUGACCGUAAUGGGCAUCCUGACACUGCUGUCAGAGCAAAUCGGAACCUGUUGGGGAGCCCUGAUAGAGUGGAACUGGGACAGAUGGUAAAUUUCUGUCAGGGUUUUAACAUUUUCUUGAAACAGCAAUAAACAAAUCGUAUAUAAACUCAGAUAUAAUUUGAAGAAAUUGAGAGACUUUAAACAAAAAUCACCUCCUCUGACAGGGGGAGAUGGAGCUCCCAGAGAUGGGUAGACAGAGAGGUGUAGCACUUAGUAGACAGACUUAAAGAAAAAGCUCAUCAUAAUCUCAGGUGUGACCACAGAUGAGUCUUCAUCAUGCUUCCUAAGAAGCAAAGGAGGACAGAUUACCCCAGUGCUAAAACUUUGGUAUGGACUGAACUUGGAUUUACCUUCAAAGCAGUUUCAUAUUCCUCGGCAAACUAAAGGUGACAACAUGACAACAUAGACACCUGGUUUAAAGAUUUUGGGGAAUAAAGUACUUGGUGAUGAGGAAAUGUCAUACAUCUUAAAUUUGUUGUGAAGAACACAAUGUAAAAACCAAUUACAGAAUACCCUCAACUUAUGAAGACAGCUUGGAAAAUGGAACUGCAGUUGCCUUUUAUUAAAACAAUAUAAUAUAUUGUUUUGAGGGACUAAUUUUACAGAUUAGUUGUCUUAAGACUUUAUGCUGUCAUUUCUCAUUCUGUACUAUAACUUAUGUUUUAAAUGAAUUUGCUGAACUUGAUGAAUGAAAUAUAAUUAUUGUUCCUGAUAAAUAUAGUUUUUAUUUUGUGUAUGAUUUUUCUAAUGAAGCUUUAAACCUC